GUCCGUACUUACUAUGCCUCUGAACGAAGUCGGGACCCCGUCGCCCGCGGUGGCCGCCGACGAUGGACCUUCUCUGGACAUCAUCUCGGUGUCGCAGACACUUCUAGACAACUUGGACCUUCCAGCAAAUCGGGUCUGCAUGGUAUGCUUUGAUGGCGCGGAAUACGCGACGAAUCCCCUCCUUUGCUGCAGCGUCCCGACGUGCCGCAUGCGGGUGCACUUGGCAUGCUACGGGUCUGGCACGGAUUCAAUGCCGCUCAUGCCGUACAAGAAGCGGUCCAAGUGGGUCUGCGACGUCUGCACACUCGAGAAGAAGCAUGCCACGGAGCUGACCCCGAACUCGGCACGCGUCUGCGUUGUGUGCAAGAUGUCUGGCGGUGUUGUGAAACCCACCAAGGCCGACAACACCGUGUGUCACUUGGUGUGCGUGCGAUGGCUGCCCGAACUGAAGCAGGUGCCGUCAGAGGUGCAGGCCACGUCAUCGGUCGUGGACGCCGACCUGCUCUUCGGUACGCGCAAGUCGCUCAAGUGCCACAUCUGCCACAAGCGAAACGGAUGCUUGCAAUGCAUGAGCAAACGAUGUACGAAGGCGUUCCAUGCCGUUUGUGCGUUGCGUGCGCUCGAGUCCAAGGUGUACACGGGUGUCACCGAGGCGAACCACCUCGCGUGCAUCUGCGACUCGCACUUUGCCGACGUCCGUGCCACAUACCGCUCGAUCAAAGAUGUGUUUUGGGACCAGCCGUAUCUUGGUACGGAAGUCGACCUCGAAGAAGACGACGAACCCACCGCCGCGGCUCCCCACGCCGCCCUUUCGCCCUCCGACCUUGCGCUUCCCCCACUGCUAAACCCCAUGAUUCCAUUUUCGCAACCACCGACGUCAAACAAAGUCGGCCGACCGCGAAAGCAUCCGGUGCCCCAGCAAGAUCCGUCCGUUCCAAAACCCACGUUGCCGCCUCCCCCAGGCAGUGCUUCAAACACCGCGCAUCCUUCAGUGAACCCUCGCCCGUUCAUGGCAUCGCCAUCGAGCGUCGGCCGCCCACGUCCGCCACAACAACACGCCGCGCCGUCCCAACCAUCGCUGCCACAACUGGCCGACGUGGCCGUGUGUACAUGGUGCAUGCAGCCCAUGCUAAGUUCAAUCCUCCACGUGCAUCAAGCGUCCUUAUGUCCACUGAAACCAGCAAGUUCUCGGAAACCAAAGGACCCGAACCUGCCCAAGCGACCCCGUGGUCGACCUCCCGGAUCGAACAGCAAGGCCAACAAGGACACCCAGCGUCCUCCCCAGCCCAAAACGUCGAGCGCCGCGACGACUAAGAAAUCACCCUCCCCCAAACCACUCCAGCCACCGACGGUUGGCGGCGGCGUGGCGGUCGGUCCGUCGCCUCGACCGAUGCUCAUGCUUCCCCAACACCACCCCCGCCCCAUGGCCCCAACGUUUUCGCAGUCAGCCCCUCCGCCUCCAGCCUCCCCCAUCAAGGACAUAUUGAUGGAAAACGCCCUCGGAGUCCUCCGCCACAACGCCGUGGACUCGCUCUUCUCGUCGUGGCCGGGCAUGCCAGGCGGGGGGCUCCUGCAGUCGCGGGACUUUUGGGCCCAAGUGUUUCAAUCGUUUUUCACGAAACCGUCGCUGCUGCCGGCCAAGUGGACGCCCCUCACGCAGUGGCUAGCGGGCGUCAACUCGCAGGCGUUCCUGACCCCGCUCAAGCCCCCGCCCAAGUGCUCGGACGCGACCACGUUUGCCCACGUCACAAACGAAUGGCUGGCAGCGACCCACGUCCGCCACACAUGCGACGCGAUGCUCCAGUCGAACGGCCUGCGCUGCGUGCAGCCGUUGAAACCCUUCACGCACAUCAAGUCGAUGACACGGACGACCGAGUCCAGUGGCAUCUUGGAGGUGGUGCUGGCCAGCCACGACCACCGCCCCGUGCAGCAUUGUCGGUUCGCUGUCGUGUGCUCGGCCAACGCCCCGACCACGGCUCAUGGCGAGGACGACGACACCACCACACCGGGGGCUUCCAAUGUCGUGUGGAGCCGGUUUCGGCCCAACAAAACUUUGGUGACGUUGCCGACAGAUAGUAGUACUAGUAGUAUGCCCACCGAACCGGUGUGGGUGUCGCUCUUGUCGAUUGACGAAGUGACCGACGUGAAUGCGAGCCACGUGUACACAUCCGAUACGUCGUCGGUUCAAGUCACGGAAGCUCCGAUUCAGGAUGACAUGGCGUUGGAAGCGCUGCUGUGUUAUGACGUGCUCCAAGAAACUUUGAAAGGGAACCGCAUGCGGUGGCGGACGUUGUGGCGCAAGGCGGCCGCGGCGACGGCGUCUGAAGCGGCGACGGCGGCAACGGCCAAACAGGUGGAAAGUCUGUACGAAGAGUACAACUGGUGGAAGUCGGUGUGCACGAGCGUGAUCAAAGGCACGACGGACAUGCCAUUCUUGGACGACGUGGACGGCAACGUGACGACGGAGCUGCAGUCGUUCGAAGACGGCACGUGUGUGAUUUGUAUGGACGGCACGUCGGAGGAGUCGAACCCGAUCAUCUUUUGCGACAAGUGUGACGUGGCAGUUCACCAGCGCUGCUACGGCGUGGCCACGAUCCCGAAAAGCGACUUUUUCUGCAGCAAGUGCAGCGUCAAGGGGGUCGUGGCGCCCCAGUGCGCGCUCUGCCCGCACCCCCACGGCGCCCUGAAACAAACGGUCGAAGGCCACUGGGUGCACGUGUUUUGCGGCCUGUGGUGCCCCACCACGUUUGUCGUCAAGGUGCCCCGCAUGCUCUUCCAACUGUCUCAGGACGACUCCAAGGUCCGGUAUGCCACGUCGUCAUUCCAAGACAACUCUACCACCAUCUCCACCACCACCGCCCUCGCCAACGUUGAGGGCAUCCCCCCCGCAUUACAACGCGGCGGACUCUGUCGUGUGUGCCGCAUCGCCACGGGCUGUACCGUUCAGUGCCGCCACUGCCCAGCGUCGUUUCAUCCGUUGUGCGCGUGGUUUGAUGGGUGCUACAUGCACGCUGAGGUGGCGUCCUGUGGCUUUGUGUGCGCCGGGGGGGGCCAAGGCCUGCGGUUCACACUGACAUGCAAAGAGCACACACCCCCGGAUCUGCCCUGUCAAGAUCGGGAGCUCCAGCGGCGUCAGCGGGCUCAACUGUACACGCCAACAACGCGAGCUCGAUGUGCAGUGUGCUUUGUCACGAUGAAUUCGAUGCACCCCCACCAUCGGUUCGACGAUUCGCUCCCGACCACCCAUUUCUUCCUGCGAUGCACGGACUGCCACGUCCAAUGUCAUGCGCAUUGCGUGCAUCCAGUGGCCAAGGUUGAUCCCCACGCCCAAGUCGUGACGUGGCAGUGUGAAAAGUGCCGGCUCUUGCCCCCCGGCUCAAUCACGUCGUUGGCGGUCAAACCGGCCGCCGUGACGUGUCUGCUCUGCGACCAACCCCAGGGGUACAUGCUCCCGGCCAAAGUGCAUGCAUCAGAAGCCGCCGCCCCGUCGCCCACUGCGGCCGCCGCCGCCGGAUUAACCGCGCUCUCGGCACCUCCACCCCCCGUGGUGGCUGCUCCUACUUCUCCAAGCCUCCACGUGCACUUGUACUGCGCCAAGGCAUUCCAUCAGCCCAUUCAAAAGUCCGGUAAAGGUGGAAGAGUGGUGACCGUGUCGACGCCAUCGAGUGGAACAGCGUCGCAGAAAUGCACCCUCUGUCACUUGAAAACUCCCGCGGGGCGCCUGGUGACGUGCUGGAAAAAGCAGUGCAGUGUGUCGUUCCACCCGUACUGCGCUGCGACAGCGUUGUACUUCAGCUGGAAACCCACGCCCAAAGCCAAGAUGGCGUACGCUUGCAGCGAGCACCCGCCAGACUUUGCCGCGUUCGACGCUGAGAACCAAGUGUGGAUCACGCGGGACACUCUACUUGCGCUGCAGGAGAUUCGAUGCUCCCUGGAACGCGUGAGGAUGUUUAUUGACUUGAGCAAACAGCGCGAAAAGAUCAAGAAGCGGCUGUUUGUCCAGUCCGAUUGCAACGCAUAUGAGAAAGCGGUGCCGUUGCUCCACGUCACAGCGCCCACCACGACCAUGAAGGAGUUUUACCACACCAUCACGAACGACCAGUUGGUGGACAUUCCAAAGAAGCGGAAGAUAAUAGUGAUUGACAAGCAAGUGCCCCACGCACCUACGAAGAAAGCGCGCAAGGACAAGACAACCCCCCCGGAGGAUACGAAGCGGCGUCAAAAGCGCCGCUGGGACAGUCCACAGAGGCGCCGCCACAGCCGCCGCCUCGACCCCGACGACGACGACGAAGAAGCACAGCAAGACGUCCGUGCGGCGUUGCUGGCGUCCAUAUGGUCCCACGCUAUCGUUGCCACUGACCACGACACCAUGGACGACGUCAUGGCCAAGCUGUAUCCCCACCAUUGUCUGGCGGAACACGCCUUGUAGUAGUACUAGUAGUAGUGGCGCCCUUGGUAUGAAUCAUCAUCACACCCGCCCCCCCCCCACAAAAAUGACAUGGCACAUGAUGAACACGAGCAUCGAUUGUAUCAAGACAUAGAACUGGCCACCUUGACCGAUGAUAACGAACAUCGAGAACAUCAUCCACAUCGUUUAUAG